AUGACCAACAAUCCGUAUUUAAACUCCGAAGAAUUAAGUCCUUCAUGCGUGUUUAUUAAUACGAAUAAUCCAAAAGUACAAAAUCAUGUUCGAAAUGACAAUGUUCCUUAUCCCUCAAUAAAACCUUCUUUCCCGCCUUUACUUGAUCCAAAAGAUUUAUUAAUUAUUGGUAAAGAUAAUAAACCGACUCGUUCUCCGAACGCAUUUAUCAUUUAUCGUAAAGUUUUCUUUAAGACCGUUAGGAAUGAAGGUCAUAUUUUACCUAUGACCGCCAUUUCUUCAAUGGCCUCACAAUCUUGGGAAGGAGAAUCCGAGGAGGUUAAGAAAUAUUAUAAGAAACUCGCCAAAGAGGCUUAUAAUUAUCGUAAUGAACUAUUUCCUAAAAAGUCCAGUCGACGGAGAAAGCGGGAGACAUGGAACAUUAUCUCUUUUAAUAAUAAUAAUAUCACUUUCUCAACUCCUUCACCUUCCUCCACUGUCAAUAAUAAUGAUAACGAUAACGCCUCGAAAGAUACAAACGAAAAUUCAUCGAAUUUGCAAUCGUCUACCCCUGUCGAAUCUGUUCUUGACGCUUAUAUGCAACUUAAUAACGUUUUAUUGCAAAAUAUUAUCAUGUCAAAUGAAAUAUCUUUAAAUCUAUUAAAUAAUUAUGAUAUUCAAGCUAAUAAUCUUACCGCUGCCACCGAUUUCUUGAAUUUGCAACAAAUUCAUCCAGGUCCAUCAUUGGAUGAUCUCGUUUCACCGGAUGUAAACAAUAAUCUCGAUGAUCUUUUUGCAAAUCAUCCUUUCGAAAAUGCUGAACUCUCGAAUUUACAUGAACAAAUUUAUCCAAGUCCGUCACUGGACGACAUAAACGACAAAAAUGAUCUCUUCCCUCUUGGAAAUUCACAAUUAGAAAAUGAACAAGAGAAAGAAAUGCAAAAGGACUUACAGCAACAGCUUUUCUUUUCUCAAGACCUUACAAAUUUAGAUCCUUUCGAUAAUUUGAAUUUUUUUUCAAAUGAACCGCAACAAACCGAUUUAAGUAAUAAUGACGCUACUCCAUAA